AUGGAUGAGGCAAAAGUGAGCUUCAACUUUUUGAUUGUUGGAAACACCGGAAAAGGCAAGAGUGCAACGGGAAAUACCAUCACGGGUCAAAGGUCGUUUGAGACGUCACUAGGCGUGAAUUCUCUAACGAACGACAUCGAGCGUGUUGAUUCAAUUCACGAUGGCAGAAAACUUACAGUUGUUGAUAGUCCUGGCUUUAUAGACAGUCGCCUGAGUCCCACAGAAUACCUACCAGUGUACUUUGAUUAUAUGAAUAAGGCCAUGAGAGCUAGUCCCCAAGGCUACCACGCAUUCCUUUUUGUCGUUCGCUAUGGUGUACGCCUGACACGUGAAGAUGAAGUAACUUUUAAUGCUUUGAGGCAUUGUUUCGGUGAAGAAUAUUUCACACGGUAUGGGGUUCUUGUGGUAACAUUCUCAGACAUGUAUGACCCAGAGGAAAAUAACGGUAAAUCAUUCUCAAAUUGGAUACAUACAGAAGGAGGACGUCUUAAGGAAAUGAAGAACAAAUUUGGUGGUCGAGUUGUUUUGUUUGAUAACAAAAAUAAAGAUGAGGCGAAGAGAAAGGCCCAAGUUGACCAUUUGAUAGAAAUCGUUGACCAGCUGAGUGUCCUGGAUUCAGGGUACAGCCCUGAGCACUUCUACUUGGCUAGCGAUCAGCGUGAAAGAUAUUUAGUUGAAGACAAACUUCCAAGAAUCAAGUUGGAAGUUAACAAAGAGAUUGAUCUUGCCCAUGAAAAGCUAGAAAAAAUUGCGUCAGGUGAAACAGAGAAUAGAUUAACACAAUUGCAUAGUGUUAGAACAACUCUAGUGAACCUUUUAACAAACAUAAGGCAUCAAGACAGAGACACAGGUGUCCUAAAUGGGGAGAUGACUGCCAUCCAGAAAGUAGUUGACAAAAUUCAGCAGUGGAUAGACUCUUUA